CUCGAGAGAGUCUCUCGGGAGGCUGGAUUAGCCACAAGUUGUGGUGAACCAGGGUAAAAUCGGCGUGCCUCUUACUCUUCUCUUUACUUCUCGUUUAUUCAUUUUUUAUUCCUGCGAUAUUUUGAUCAAACGCUAUUCACCCCCCCUCUAGCGUUGGUCUAUUAUUCUAACAACUGGUAUCAGAGCCUAACUCGCGUCCAAACUUAACCGUUUGAGAGUAAAGCGAUCAUGGGCUCUUCUUCUAGAAAUCUCUAUGCAGGAAUUGGAGAAGGUCAAUCUACCUCUAGGCCACCACUCUUUGAUGGCACCAACUACUCUUAUUGGAAGGAACGGAUGAGAAUCUAUAUUUGUUCCACAAACUUCCAAUUGUGGUUGGUGAUCAAAAAUGGCGAAGAAAUCCCCAUGAAGAAAGUGGGAGAAACCACGGUCCCAAAGACCGAAGACGAAUUUGAUGCCGAGGACAUCAAGAAGGUUGAAAACUAUGCAAAGGCCAUCAACAUGCUAUAUUGCGCAGUCAACCCCGAUGACUACCGAAAGAUCUCCUGUUGCACAACCGCCAAGGAGAUGUGGGACAAGCUUGAAGUGACGUACGAAGGUACCGAUCAAGUGCGUGAAGCCAAGAUCGAUUUUCUCACCCAAGAGUACGAAAUGUUCCGAAUGAAAGAAGGUGAGAAAAUCGAUGACAUGUUUGACCGGUUCUCAAAGAUCAUCAACGAUCUUCAUGCUCUCAAAAAGACCUACACCAACAAGGAUCUUGUGAAAAAAAUUCUGCGGAGUCUCACACCCGAAUGGAGGUCAAAAGCCGAUGCAAUCUACGAAUCCAUCGGAGUCUCCAACGUCACCAUCGACGGGCUAAGAGGUAACCUUAAAACCUAUGAAUCUACUAUUCUAACCCCGUCUUUGGAUGAACAAAAGAAGAAGGGAGUAGCGCUGAAAGCCACCAAGGAACCGGUGGAAGAGGCUUCAAGCGAUGACGACAAUGAAUUCGGGCUCGUCAUCAAGAAGUUUCACAAGUUCAUGAAGAAGGAAUUUGAGCGGAAGGGAAGGAAGCACGACGGUCCUCCCAAAUGCUACGGCUGUGGUGAGAUUGGGCACAUCAAGCCAAGGUGUCCAAAGGCCAAACACGGCAAGGACAAGCCUGGCUUCAAGAAGCAAAGGGCCUACAUCUCUUGGGGUGGCGAUUCCGGCGACGAAUCAACCGACCAAGAGGAGGACGAAGCUGCAAACCUCUGCCUCAUGGCACACGAAGAUCAAAGCGACGACGUCCAAGAGAACAGCGCUGUACAAGGAACAACAGCGCUGUCCCAACAGCGAUGUCCCCUGUAGAACAUCGCUGUUCUGGUCAAAAUUUGGCUGCAGCAUUAACUUCUCCAACAGCCAUAAUUUUGAAAAUCAGGCCGUUGGACACCACCUUUCCUAUAAAUUGGGACCCCCUCUCUUCACUUUUACACACACAAACACAAAUUCCUUCAAUAUCUUCACAUUUUUCAUCCUCUCUACUCUAAUUUUUUGAGUUUUCUUCACGAUGGACGUCGACAACGACGAGGAGGAAACCGAAGACGAAGACUAGGACUCCCCUAUAAUUUCUAUCUCUUUUACUUUAAUUAUCCUGUUCUUUUUUAAUGCUUCCGUUGUAAUCCGCUAUUUCCCUUUAUUAAAUAAAAUCAUUUUGGUUAUCUUUUUGUUAAUGUCAAAAGGGGGAAGAAAAGGGCUAUGCAUAU